AUGUCGAAGCUUAAUGAAUUGAAGAAACAGCAGGCUGACCUCCAAGAUGGUAUGAACAAGAUCAGCAUGGUAUACAGGGAGCUACCAAAGAAGCCACCACCCAAGACGACUCCAGCGAAGGCACCGGCAAAGGCCACAGCACCAGUUAAAGCACCAUCUCAGCCCGCAAAGCAGCCUGCCACAUCUACACCAGCUAAAAAGCCAGCCACGACACCAGCGAAGCCCGCUGUCGGAUCUACGCCUGUGAAAAAGCCUAUGCCUGCUGCGUCAAAGACUAUAGCGAAUGAUGAGGCUCCUACGCCUAAAAAGACACCCGUAAAGACACCCGUGAAAACGCCGGCGAAGACGCCUGCGAAACCUGUAGCGAAGACUUCGGCUACAGGAAAUGCAUCCCCGGCUCCCAUCAAGAAGCCACUGCCUCCAGCAGUCAGUCCCCAGAAUACUGCAAAUCAAGCGACUGCAGGCGCGAAAUCACCAAGCAUAGCUUCGAGCAAAGCGCAAUCAGUGACGGGAGGCACUUCGACGCCAGCAAGGCGAAAACCUAUUCCACCUGCUGUGUUGCCCCAGACCAAAAAGACUCCAGCGAAACCCGCUCCGAAUACAGCAGAGAAAACGGUGGGAGGGGUAACGAAUACCGCACAGAAAGCCACCGGUGCAGCGACAGGCACAGUACAGAAGACAGCGAACACCGGUGUAGGAGCGACAAACAAAAUCGUAGACACAGCCGGAAGUGGAGUCAACUCAGGCCUUGGUGCCGCUACAGGCACUCUUGACAAAGCUUCUGGUGGUCGCGCGGCACCAGUCACUAAGAAAGUCAGUCAGCUCGGCACAGGCGCUACGAAGACUGUCAGCGAUGCAACGAGGAAUGUAGGACAGACUGGGACGAAUACUGUGGGAAAUGUGAAGAAGACGGGAGAUGAUGCUGUGAGCAAUCUAAGUCAGACUGUUACGAAUACUGGAGGGGCGAUUGGGAGGAAGGAUUUGCCUGGGGUUGGAAAAGCUGUUGCGAAAGGCACCGGUAAAACCGUGUCCGGAGUUGGUCAAGGUGUCGGAGGCACUGUCAAGGGCGUCGGCUAUGGAGUUGACGGCACGCUUAGCGGCGUUGGUAAAGGAGUCAAUGCUACCAUUGGCGGACCAGUCGGUAAUGCUGUGAGCAACACGACUGGCGGUCUCGGGAAGACAACCGUUGGCGGCGCCACGGGAGGCGUUGGGAAAACAGUCGGCGGAGCGGGAGCUGGUCUCGGUAAGACUGUAGAAGGAGCAGGCAAGAGUACUGUGGGCUAUGUUCCAGGGCGAGUGGGAGGGACUCUGGAAGGUGUUACGACUGGACUGGGAGGUACUGUGACCGAAGCUACCGGUGGGAUCGGCGAAGGCGUGGGAAAACUAGGCAAAGGCGAUGUCAUUGGCUCAGUUGGCUCGAUUGGAGGCGGUGUUGCAAAGGGUGUCGGGUCUCUUGGAAGUGGCGUCUGGUCUGGCGUCAGUGGUAAGAAUAGGCAAAAGCAGAAGCCUGCUGAGGUGGUCGAGGAGACGACGGACGAUGCUCAAGACGAGGCUGAAGAGAAGGUCGAUGAAGCUCAGCAGGAAUCUGUUGCUGGCAAGAACAGUUUCUUUUGA